AUGGUGAAAGCCAAGACCUUGCAAGUGGUGUGGCACUCGAAAGAGCCCGUGUACAGCGUGGACUUCCACCCCAAUGGACAGCUGGUCACCGGCGGCGCCGACAAGGAGGUCAAGGUCUGGGAGGUCGAGCGAGGCGACGACGGCUACGCGUGUGUGCGCCACGUGUCCAGCCUGACGGCGCACCUCAGCACCGUCAACUGUGUGCGCUUCUCGCCCACGGGCGCCCACCUGGCCAGCAGCGGCGACGGCGGCGAGGUGCUGGUGUGGGAGCCGGCAGGCGCGUGCGGCGGGGCGACGCCGCGCCGCGGCAACCUGGAGGGCGACGAGGGCGAGGCCAGCUGGCGGCGGUCGGCGGCGCUCAAGGGCCACCUGGCUCAGUCGGACGUCAUGGACCUCAGCUGGGCGCCCGACGCCUCCGCCCUCGCCUCUGGUGCCAUUGACAGCGAGGUCAUCCUCUUCUCCUGGGCCGGCAAGCGGCGCGGCGAGCUGGCGGCGCGCUUCAAGAACCACAAGCACUUUGUGCAGGGGCUGGCCUGGGACCCCGCCCAGCAGGUGUAUGCGCUGAAGCCGCCGGCGGGCGGCAGGAAGAACAAGGUCAGCCAGUACCUGCUGCCCGCGGGGGAGACGGCUCGGGACCUGUACUGCGCACACACGCUCAGCAGGCGCGCCAUGGCCGGCAGCGACUGCGCCGACGGCGGCGGCGGCGGCGGCGGCAAGCCCGCCACCCACCCGCUGUUUGCCGACGAGCGGGUGCCCACCUUCUUCCGCCGCCCCGCCUGGUCGCCAGACGGCUCCCUGCUGGUGCUGCCCGCCGGCAUCUACAAGUCUGCGGCUGAGGGGCGGGAGCUGCACACCGCCUAUGUGUUUGCCCGCGGCAAGUGGGGCACCCCGGUGAUGCACCUGCCGGGACACACCAAGCCCAUUGCGGCCGUGCGCUUCUGCCCCGUGCUGUUUGAGCGUGGCGAGGCCGCGCCUGGCCAGCAGGCAGCCGCAGCGGGCGAGGACGCAUGGGCAGCUGGUGCCGCUGGCCCGCCGCAGCACGCCGCCCUCCCCUUUGACCUGCCUUACAAGAUGGUGUUUGCGGUGGCCACCCUGGACAGCGUGGUGGUGUACGACACGCUGUGCACGCUGCCGCUGGCGGUGCUGGGCCACCUGCACUACGACUCCAUCACAGACCUGGCCUGGUCCAGCGACGGGCAGUACCUGGCGGUAUCCUCCAGGGACUGCUACUGCAGCAUCGCGGCCUUUGAAGAGGGCGAGCUGGGCACACCUCUGGCAGCCGACAAGCUGGCGCCACACAUUGCCAAGCGUGUGGCGGCGGCGCAGCGGCGGGCAGAGCCGCUGAAGCCGGCGGCGGCGGCGACACCCGCGGCCGGCCGCGCCGCGGCCCAGCCGGCGGCAGCGCAAGCACCCGAGGCUGCCAGGCUGGCGCUGACCCCGGUGGCGCAGCCGGCCCCACCAGCUGCCACUCCCGCCACCGUGGCAGCUGCGCAGUCGGUGCCCACAGCAGGGGCUGCCCCGGCCCAGAGGCACCCCCAGGCGGCGGCAGCAGAGCCAGCGUCUGCCCGCAAGCGCAUCCAGCCCGAGCCCCUGGCAGCCGCCGCUCCCGCGGCAGCGGCGGCCGGCGCCGCUGGUGCCACGCCGGCGGCAGGGCAGCAGCCUGCUGCCAAGAAGCCCAAGCGCAUUGUGCCGGAGGCUGUGGGCCCCGCGCCUGCGGUGGUGGGAGACUCGCAGCAAGGCGGCGCCGAGCCCAACAGCUACCGCGAGCCGCCGGGUGCGCGCCGCAUCGUGCCAGAGGCUGUGGGGGCAGGCGCCAGCACCGCGCCUGCUGCGCCUGCGCCUGUGGCCGGCGCUGGGGCCCCCAAGCCGCCCAGGCGCAUCACGGCGGAGCCUGUGGGCCCCGCCCCCGCCCCCUCCUCUGCCGCCAAGAGCAGCCUGCCUGCAGAGUCGGCGGUGAGCGGCAAGGCGGGCGCCAAGCGCAUCACCCCCACGCCCCUGCGAGCCACCCCCGCCCAGCAGGCGGUCAGCCAGCAGUUUGGCGCCGCUGCCAGCCAGCACCCCGUGCUGCCAGCGCCCUCAGAGCAGAGCAGGGACGGGCACCCGGCCUCGGGGCGCCGCAUCACGCCGGUGCCGGUGGGGGCGGCGCGGGCGCUGCCGCCGGGCGAGGAGCGCACCGCCACGGCGCCGGCGCCCAGCGGAAUCGCGGCGCUGGCUGCUGCCAUGGGCGCUGCGGCGGCCAAGACGCGCAAGUGA